GCUCACCGAACAAAGCUAGUUUUGUCACUUGGAAUCUGAUUUGGUUUUUGUUCGAAUUUCUCAAAUCCGAUCGGAUUGAACAUAGAGCAUUGUACACCAACACAGAGUCGAAAAUCCAUAACCAAGCGGAGUUAAUCCCGAUUUGACUUCAGAACAGUCCUAAAAAUGUAAAAGCUUAAGCUCUACCGUUAAAAGUUUUCCUGGGUUUUUGGGCCCGAUUUUUUUUUAUUUUAUUCUCUGGCAACUCUCAAGCAUUGUUUUGAUUCGCAUACAACAUUUUCAAUUUGGGUCACAAUCUGCAUUUUUUUAAUAUUUUUGGUGGCACUAAAUAAUGAAUAAAGUUUACGCAUAGCACAAAUGCGACAUGACUUUGGCACAUCGUGCUCUCUUUACUUGGUUCAUUGUGCUCGUUUUCCUAAUUUUGUUAUGUCUACGUUUGGAUCCGCGUACACAUUGGAGUUGGUUUGUUACUUUUAUACCGCUCUGGGUAUUUGAUGGGAUACUAAUAAUUUAUGUAGUUAUUAAAAUUAUACGGAAGUGGAGAAAUUUAAAACGUCUUAAGGAGUUGCUGAUCUAUUACCAGUGGUAUAUAUGUGGUGUACUGUUAAAGAUAGCUUCUCAACUAAUGAUCUGUUUGCGUUUGGAAUAUCCUCAAUGGGAAAUAUCAAUAUUUAUUACUAUGAUACCGAUAUGGAUUCUACUUUCAGCGUCUAUUGUGUAUGUAUUUGGCCGGUUAAAUAAUUUAAAUUGAAUUUUGGCGGUAAAUAUUUUAUUACCUUAUAUU